AUGUCAAUCGUUCAUCCAGAGCUCCAUUAUACCCCACCUUCAUGGGCUUCUGUGCCUGAGCCUGGUCAAGGUUACAAGUUGGAGGUUGUAAAAAGCGGGACCAUUGUUGGUUGUUUCGAUUUGGAUGUCAGAAAACACAGCACCUUUGUUGUGAUCGGACGUCUGCUAAACUGUGAUAUAGUACUCGAUCAUCCUUCAAUUUCACGCUAUCAUUGUAUUCUACAAUAUGGUGACGAUCCGAUGGACCGCAAGGGUAAAGGAUGGCACAUCUACGAUAUGGGUAGUACUCAUGGUAGCAAGGCGAAUAAAAAGAAAGUACCGGCCAAGCAGUACAUGCGUAUUAUGGUUGGGUUCGUACUGCAGUUUGGAGGUAGUACGCGACUACUUUCAUUGCUUGGGCCAUCGAGUGACUGCGAAGCCGAGUGGGAGUGCUCACCUACUGAAAUGAAGGAAAAGGUGCACAAAAAAGUCCUGGAAUCUAAGUUGGCACAAGCAGCCCGAAAGGAGUUUGAGGCAGAAAAGGCGAAAGACGCUGAAUCAGAAGGAAUAGACUGGGGCAUGGGAUUCGACGAAGAUGAUACACCGGCCGUAGAGCUGGACAUGGAUGGUCACUUGAUGGAGGAUCGCGAGCAGUAUUACCAAGCGGAUCCUAAAAAAGCACUCUCAAAGUUUUUCGAACGUGAAGGUUUCGAUAUGAAUUUCCAGUUCUCAGAGCAAGGUUCAGGACAUACGCACAAAUGGUUAUGUACCAUUGAGCUUCCCAUCGAAAUCAAUGGUGUCGAUCGUACCUAUACGGCACAAGCGAUAGUUUCAACCUCGAAAAAGGACGCCCAAGUGCAAUGCGCUUUGGAGGCGUGUCGAAUCCUCGAUAGUCACGGAGUUCUUAGAUCAUCAAGUUCUAAGGCCAGGACAAAGAGAAACGAGUUGGAAGAGAAUGAUUUCUAUGACGAAGAUGAUGACGAGUAUCUUGAUCGGACAGGUCAAAUUGAAAAGCAGAGAGAAAAGCGCAUGAUGUGGGCCAAGAAUAAGACUGGAGAAAAGACUGAAAAGAAAAGCACCUAUGAGUCGCUCUGCAAGGAACUCGAAGAAACGCGGGAAAACAUCACCAAGUUAAAGGAGAAAUUAGAAGGAAUGCAUGCGGCCCACGCUUCGACCAACACUGGUGAUUCCUUGGACGAUUACUGCAGGCAAUUGAAUGCGGGUCAUGGAGUCAUACAGGACAUGAAAGUUUGUUGUUAUCGUUGGCUAUUUGACUCUUCUCAGGAGUUACGGUCUCGGCUUCAGACGAAAACUGAAACGUCACAACUCCGUCAAAAAUUGGUCGCUCUCACACAUGAUGCGCAAAGGCUGGAGAAGCUAGUUAAGAUUGCGAAGCCAGUGGCACUCCCUGAGCUGAAAGUGGCUGGUACCAGCACCAGUGGUGCCGAUAAACAAGCAUUCCUUCGUAAAAUGAUGAUGGUUGGUAGGAAAAAAGUGUCUGAUACGAAACCAGCCAUCAGCGAAGAAGGAAGUUCCGUGAAGGGACCAGCUGCAAUGCCUUCAUCUAGUGAACCAUUUAAGCCUGAGAUUGAAGCUGAUGAUGAGACCGAUAAAGUGGCUGAUGUUCCAACGCCCUCCGCAGCCCCACAGGUGGAGACACGACAACCAGCAAAGCAGAAAGGUAACACUGAGCACCCAUGUGAGGUCGUGCAAAAUACGACUGGAAGGCUGGGAAUGAACAGGAAAAUCAAAAGAAAAAAAAAUCGGAAACCAUCAGUGGAGGCUCAUGGGACAAUUCCACCAGUAUCUGAUGAGAUAAGAAGUAAAAGCGACGAAAAUGAGAAGUCGAAAAACCAGCCUUGUGAAGAAGAAAUGGAACCGCGACCUGCACCGGUGGCCAAUAGAAGUGAUGAACAAAUUUCUGAAGAAGACCCAUCUGGUGAAAGCCCUCAAAGUCGCAUAUCAGAAGAGCGAUCCUCGCACGAGGAAAAAGGGACAAAGAAGAAAAGACGUGUUCGAGUGCGAGCAAAUCGACUAUCUGCGGACACUAGUGAGGAUUACGGCACUGGUGUCGAUGACGAUCGCUAUGCCACAUGGCUUCCUCCCGAGAAUCAAAGUGGUGAUGGAAAGACUGCUCUGAAUGCCAAGUUUGAAGGAAGAUACUAA